UUCCCUUCUUCUCUCUCCCCUGCUGCCAAGAUUCUCUCCUUUCUUUCUCACUUCUUCUCCCGUCUCUGUACUGGUCGUAUUCUUCUCUGUCCAUUUAAUAGAAUGGCGACUUUGAUUGAGCCCUAAGUGGGAUUGCUCCUUUGCUUCUGCUUCCGUAAAGCUUCAUCUUUUGGUCUUUGCUCGACCACUCAUCAACUAUUCCUGCUUCGAGUUUUGGGGGAUUUUCUGCUGGCUUCAAGAAUCUCUUUCUUUGGCAUAAUAUACGGCAAUGGAGUGCGGCCUUUCGGAUAGCAGUGGUACGGAUGAUGACCUUCCUGCAAGACAUCAAAAUAGAUUUCCAAGGGCGGGCCAUGCUGCAGGGAAUGGAGGAUCUGCAGUGGUCAUUACUGCUCAACUAUCUCGUAUGAAUAAUGAUAUGGAGACCCAGAUCCACCAUAUAGAACAAGAAGCAUAUAGUUCAGUGCUCCGGGCAUUCAAAGCUCAAUCCGAUGCCAUUUCAUGGGAUAAAGAAGGCUUAAUUACUGAACUUAGAAAAGAACUUAGGGUGUCGGAUGAGGAACACAGGGAGCUUCUAUCCAGGGUUAAUGCUGAUGAUAUCAUCAGGAGGAUAAGGGAGUGGAGGAAGGCAAGAGGCCUCCAACCUGUUAUGCUCAGCAGUAGCCAGCCUAUCCAUGAUCCCAUGCCUAGUCCUAGUGUUUCAGCAUCACUUAAGAAACAGAAGACAUCACAGUCUGUAGGUUCUUUAUCUCGAGGUGCACCAUCCCCACCACUGCAUCCAACAAUGCAGCCAUCAGCAGCAGCUUUGAAACGUGGGCCUGUCUCUAGAUCUAGGGGCAAGAAGACAAAAUCACACACUUCUGCAGGUUUAACUGGAAGAGCCAAAGUUGCAAAUCAGGGUUCUUCAGGUCCCCUUGGAGUUCAACCCUCUGAAGCAGCAAAUUUUAAUCCAUUAAUUGGAAGGAAAGUUUGGACUAGGUGGCCUGAAGACAAUAACUUCUAUGAAGCUGUGAUAGUUGACUAUAAUUCUGGUGAUGGUCGACAUGCUUUGGUUUAUGAUAUCAGGACAGCAGAUGAAACGUGGGAAUGGGUUAAUCUCAAAGAGAUAUCAGCGGAAGACAUCCAGUGGGAGGAUCCAGGAAUUUCUCAUAGAGGGGGUCGAAGUGGACCAAAUCGUGGAUUUAAGAAGCCAAUGGCCCACAUCGGUGCCGCAGCAAGAGGAAGAGGGACCACGAAGCAUCAGCCAAGCAAAGACCUUCCUUCAUCACAAAAGAAGGCUUUGGGCGAUAUUGAAAUACUUAAUACUGAUACUCUAAUUAAGGAGGUGGAGAAAGUUUUCAGUGCAAACCAACCAGAUCCAAAAGAGGUCGAGAAAGCAAAGAAAGUGCUUAAAGAACAUGAGCAAGCCCUUGUUGACGCAAUUGCGACGCUUGAAGAUGCUUCUGAUGCAGAUGGAGAAAGGCAAUUGAUGGAACAAGAUGAUCAGUGCCGAAACCAGAAUUAUCAUUCCGUGAUAGGAGAAGGUGGUCCAGAUGGCAACAAGAGAGAGAUUAAAGAUGGAAAGGCGGGUUCUCAAGCUCAAGAGCAGCAACCACAAGAAUCCACUGCCUUGAAACAAUGAAACAUGAUGUAGUUGGUUUAAUGAGGAGCUAGGUGAAAUGAAAGUGCUUGGUUUAGCGACUUCUUACAUGUAAUUUUAACUGUCAGUCAAGCUGGAGGAAACAUGUUAGUGUUGGUUGUAAAAUAAAUGCUUUUAACAACUAGACUAGACUAGACUAGACUAGGUAGCUAGAAAUUCGACGAGUUGUUAUGUUAGUGGCUAAAGCUGUGAAUAUAUAUAUAUAUAUAAAGAGAGAAUUGUUUCUGGA